CGUAUGUGAGUCGUGACGUAUAGUCAUCGUGGUAUUGUCAAAGGCUACACUGACUGCGGAAGGCUUUCCAGCAAGAUUUGUUGCGACAUCCUUGAAAUUCAUAUUUAGUUAGUAAUUACUUUGGAAAACUCAUUCGCAAUAGCCCACACUAUUGCAGGAAAGCACACGCUACCAUGGAUCACAUUUGGCAUCCUCAACUGUGACUUGGACGUCUGCCAUCAUUGCAUUGGAGUUAGCUAGUUAGCUUGCUAAUGCUAUCUAGCUAGGUGAUAUUGCAGCACGUUGAGAUUCUUGAAACUUGAGGCCCUCUUGUCAAGUACAGUACCAUGGCUCCCAAAGACAUCAUGACCAACUCCCAUGCCAAAUCCAUCCUCAAUGCCAUGAACGCACUUCGUAAGAGCAACACACUCUGUGACAUCACAUUGAGAGUGGAGAAUACUGACUUUCCUGUGCACCGCAUUGUCCUGGCAGCCUGCAGUGACUACUUCUGCGCCAUGUUCACCAGCGAGCUGUCAGAGAAAGGGCAAUCCUUCGUAGACAUUCAGGGGUUGACUGCGUCCACCAUGGAGAUCCUGCUGGACUUUGUUUACACAGAGACAGUCCUGGUCACAGUGGAGAAUGUCCAGGAACUGCUUCCUGCUGCCUGUCUGCUGCAGCUCAAAGGAGUGAAAAGAGCAUGUUGUGACUUUCUGGAUAGUCAGCUUGAUCCCACAAACUGCCUGGGCAUUCGGGACUUUGCUGAGACCCACAAUUGCCUUGACCUGAUGCAGGCCGCUGAGCUCUUCUCUCAGAAGCACUUCCCUGAGGUUGUUCAACAUGAGGAGUUUAUGCUGCUCUGCCAGAACGAGGUUGAUAAACUAGUUAAAUGCGAUGAAAUCCAGGUGGACUCAGAGGAGCCUGUAUUCGAGGCAGUGUUGAAUUGGGUUAAACACAAUAGGAAAGAGAGGGAGACGUAUUUAUCGGAGAUGCUGGAGCAUGUGCGGAUGCCUUUGCUCACUCCACGCUAUAUCACAGACGUUAUCGACUCAGAGCCCCUCAUUCGAUGCAGUCUUCCCUGUCGAGACCUUGUGGAUGAGGCCAAGAAAUUUCACCUUAGACCUGAGCUGAGGAGUGAGAUGCAGGGGCCACGCACCCAAGCCAGAUUAGGUGCCAAGGAGGUCCUGCUCGUUAUUGGAGGAUUCGGCAGUCAACAAUCCCCUAUAGAUAUUGUUGAGAAGUAUGAUCCUAAAACUCAGGAGUGGAGCUUUUUACCUAACAUUGCUCGGAAAAGGCGUUACGUGGCUACCGUGUCCCUCAAUGACCGCGUGUAUGUGAUUGGCGGCUACGAUGGUCGAUCGCGGCUUAGCUCGGUGGAGUGCUUGGACUACACGGCCGACGAGGAUGGUAUCUGGUACAACGUCGCCACUAUGAAUGUACGGCGGGGCCUUGCCGGAGCGACAACACUCGGAGAUAUGAUCUAUGUUGCUGGAGGCUUUGAUGGUAGUCGCCGUCACACCAGCAUGGAACGAUAUGACCCCAAUAUUGACCAGUGGAGUAUGCUGGGGGACAUGCAGACAGCCAGGGAAGGGGCUGGCCUGGUGGUGGCUAGUGGACUCAUAUACUGUCUAGGUGGGUACGAUGGAUUGAACAUCCUCAAUUCAGUGGAACGGUAUGACCCUCAUACAGGACACUGGACUAAUGUUACCCCCAUGGCUACCAAACGCUCAGGGGCCAGUGUAGCCUUGCUCAACGACCACAUCUAUGUGGUGGGAGGCUUCGAUGGAACGGCGCAUCUUGACUCUGUGGAGUUUUACAACAUUAGGACAGACUAUUGGACCACGGUAGCCAGUAUGACCACUCCCCGCUGCUACGUGGGAGCUACUGUCCUCCGAGGACGACUCUACGCCAUAGCUGGGUAUGAUGGAAACUCCCUUCUGAGCAGUAUCGAGUGUUACGACCCAGUGAUUGACAACUGGGAGGUGGUCACCUCCAUGGCCACACAGCGCUGCGAUGCAGGAGUGUGUGUCCUGCGAGAGAAGUGAGAUUUACCUCAGAAAAGUCGGAUGAAGCGGAAGAGGGCAGGCAGCUAGUCCUGAAUUUGAUAUUUUUGUGCCACUACUAUGGAGUGACACAGGGAUCACUCACUUGCAGCCAGUGUGCUAUAUGCCCUCUCCGAAGUCUCUUGAUUGAUUAUUUAUCAGACUUUCUCAUCUGAGUUUGGUUACUUCUAUGGGAAAACCCUUGGCAUUCAAUGGAUAAGGGACAGGGGGUGUAUAACAGAGAUGAGUUAUUUCAGUCUCCUCAUCAACAGUUGUGGCAUCCAAGAAGACAUCAAUCCCAACCCACUCGAUCGCAUGACACUCUUUUAGUGGUUCCCGUUGUAGUGGUUACCUGUGAGGUACAUUUUUGACUCAUCUUUUAAAGUGCAAUAUAUUUCUCUACUUCUGUUAUGAACCAUGGAGCAGAAGAAACACAAGAGACUCCAGUUUGCUGCUGCUAUAUGCCUUAUGCCCCUGUGGCCCACAUUGAACCUAACAACCAUGAUGCCUCAUUUGGACUGUGAUGAUUGUUGUCAUACCAUCAAGUAUGAUGAUUAUUUAGCUUUUGCCAGGUUAUCAAUUAGAAAACCCUUUGUAGAAUUUGUUAUUAUCUAAAGUGCUUUUAGAAACAAAUCACUUUUUGAAUAAUUGGUAUUUGCCUGACACAGUCAUUAUUUUCAAUGUAUCAAAGACAUUUUGAAAUGAAUUACAUUUUAGGGAAAGCGUUUCAUAAUCGCACAUGAUUCCUUGCUCUUUUGCUGUUCUGUCAUCUUUUCAAAAUCACUUUGUCCCCAGCGACAGACUGAAGAACACUGCUAAUAAAGCAAAAGAGCAAAACGUUUUUUUUGAUGUGUGUAUGGUGCAUGCAUUUGGCCACAGUGGAUUUGUUUGGACAAAAAAAAACUGACGUCUUUUGUUGUUACUUGAAAAGUGAAUAAACAUUGUGAUAAUUUA